AUGUACCGCAUCCCGCUGCCACUGCCGCCAUCAGCCGCGGAUGCCUCGGCCACAUGGCUCACGGAAGACGAGUACAACAUGUUCUCCAUUCACAAGCAGACCAAGUCCUCCGCUGCGUCGACAAAGAAACGCAAGGCAAUGGAAGGUGCUGACACGGCACACUCGGUCGCGGUCAAGCACCCUGAGACCGAGCCGGCGUCAUUGUCCUCAUGCUGGGACGAUGUCUUGCAUGCGAAGAAGUCGUUGAUCCCUGUGGAAGACCACGCCGUCUAUUUGGAGCUGAAACAGCGCAAAAUAACUGCACAAAAGGUUGGUAUGCCUGCGAUCCUGGCAUUGUCCGACGCAGAGCGAGAUACAAUCGACCGCAUUGAUGCGGUGGUUGUCAACGAGCGGCGGGACUUUCAAAAGCAUUUCGAACGUCUGGCAAAGCGGGAGCUCGUGGUGCUCACGACGCUGCCAGAGGCCGUGGACAAAAAGGUCCACGAAGAACUGCGGCGGCGCUGCGACCUAGCUAAAGCCGCGUACCCUCGGCACUACACCCCCACGAGUCAACUUGAAUUCAAAGAAGCGGCGUAUGACGUGGCCGCCCCAAAACACACUGCCAAGGCACUGGUGAUACCUGGCAGCUCCAAGCCAUUGCACGCCCUGCCAGCCACUCCUUCCAGCACGACCUCGAUCCCCGACGAUGUUGUCCGCGCCACCUUGUCGUCGCCGUGGCUUCCCAGCCCAGUCGUGUCGUUGGACCCGGCCGUCGCGCCCCUCAUGCACGCCCACAAGUGCAAAGUCGUACUAACGACGUCCACAUUGGCAACAUUGUUUGACAAUCACAACGGACACUUUCACCGGGCGUUCAAGAUCCCAGUGACAGUCACAGACCAACGACAGGUGUACAUGGACAAGCCACUGGUGCUGGCCAAAUGGAGCGGACGCGCCAUGAGCACCAAGUACUCUCGUCGGCUCUUGACGAAAUGGCUGGAUUCCCCAUCAUCUGUAGCCACGCCCACUGCAAAUACUGACACCGACGACAAAGCCAGGACGUACCAUGUGUGGGAAUUUGCCAGCACUCGCGUCCUCGUCCGGUCCUCCCUCCAUGGGCCCAAAGCCCAGCCCGUGACCAUGCACGCGAAAAUGGACUACCAAUGGAGUCUCCAGCCCGAACAAGUCACGGAGCGCGAUCGAGCGCACAUUUGGCUACAUUCGUGGAUGCGUGGCAACGCUCGCAUUGUGUUUGGCCACUUUCACGGCACGGAUCAUCGGGUGAGUGUCACGGAGGAGACUGUUGCGUCGGUGGUGUCGGUCGAGGAAAAUCCGUUCACAAAGUUCCAACUGGUGCAUGAAAUCCUGCACCACGUCACAGAGCUCCCACCUGGUCGGUAUCUUGUCGACCACUCGCCGACUCGGUCGAGUAUCGGCGGUGGCGGCGUCGUGACAGUGUACGCCGCAGUCCGCCGGGGCGACGCGUGGGACGACCCCGUCGAGUCGACGUCCCCCGACACACUGUUUGACCUGCACGGGUACCUCGACUCGGCAGGAAGGUGGGACCGGACGGACCUGGCCUGUGUGAUGCCCCAAUGGACGUUGCCCAAUCAGAUUCCGUACACAUUUCUCGUGCCUUCGUAUUGCACCAGCUACUUCGAGUCGAAUGGCCAGUGCGACCGCAUCCACCGCCGACGCAAACCGUGUGGCCACGUGCACGUGCGAGUAGGCAAGCACACUGGCGUCUUUGUGUGUCAGUUGUCUGUCAGCGGCAGCGCCAGCCUCAAGAAAGAGCAUACUCGAGUGCCGUCAGCUCCGUUUUGCAAAGGAUUCUUGCAGCAGACGUGCUUCAAGAAAUCGUGCUCGGAGCCCCACGUGCCCCUGCCCGCGCUGCUCCGACAGGUCGCCCACGAGGUGUUGGUCCAUACGCCACCUCGUCCAGGUCGCAAAAAAGCAAAAGGUGGCCGACGCCCCCCGCCUUUGUCGAAAGAACCGCCAAAGGACGACACACAAGACAUCCCCCCCUAGCCCCCUUCACGCCCCACAAAGACACGCCAGCCCCUAGCCACUAACUAGCAACCCACCCAAUCCUAGAAAUAUUGAGUGUGUAUUGUGCUUUUCUUUAUGUCUACACCAACAGAUCUGAGUCUACUUUUCUGUGAGCGGCCGAAACCCCUUCCACCACGCGGGGGCAGCGUACCCGCCGUUUGUGUCGGAGUUCUCUCUCGCCAGUGUCUUGAGCAGCACGUCGGUCGGUCCGUCGGGGUACUUGGCAUAAGCCGCCGUGAACGCCGUGUGCGCGAGGUCCCAGUGGCCGUCCAAGUACUGCGUCAUGCCGUCGUUAAAGAGCGUGAAAAAGUCGCGGGGGAUGCGUUCCUGCAGCACUUGGAGAAAGUUUUGUCGUUCGAAAUCCAUGGGCAUCUGGACGCCGUUCGGGUCCACGAGGGGCAACGGGAUGUCAACGUAGUUGCCAAUGUCAAACGUCCACAAAUCCAUGGGAAUCUCGCUGCCCUUGACUGUCACACGGUCCACCUUUCGGCAAAACGACUUGACAAUCGGACUCACUUCGUCCAUGAACCAUUCGCUGAUAAGCAUGUCGCACUGGAACUGCCCCGUCGCAUUCUCGAGCCGGGCCGCCAUGUUGACGUUUGGGCUUAGGUACGACGCAUCGAUUUUAAACUUGGACCCGAUCGCGCCCUCGAUCGCCCACCCAAUGUGCAGCCCAAACCCCAUGGCCACAUGAAAGUGGUUGUCGAACUUGUCCUGCAACGCCUGGUUGGUCAAGUACGUGUGAAACCGGCCGUUCGGCUGGUUCGCGGUGUGGAUCUCGACCCGCAUCCGCAGCACCGCCACGAGCGCCGAGUCGACCAGCUCCUGUGGGCUGAUUUUGCGCGGCCGCGACCCGGUUGCUGUCAACAACACGCCAAUGUCGGCGCGCUUCUUGACCCGCUCCGCCGCGUCCAUGAUCGGUUUCGUGGCCGGGUCCCGCGGGUCGCGCAUCCCCGGCAGCGACCCGUCGCAGAUCUUCCACGCAAUCAAGAACGCCGACCCAAUGUUCUUGUUGGCCGCGCCAUAGUACAUGUUGGCGUCGCUGUGCACAAUGUCCGCCAACGUGUUGAUGUACGUGAUCACGCUUUCUUCCAGAACGGACACCGUUUCCGUAAAAUGUUCAAUGAUGCCAAACCCGAAAAUGGACGAGAUCUUUUUGCCUGCGACAUGGUUUACACUCAGAAUUAGACUCAGACUAAACGCACCUGGAAUCAUCACGUUGAGUUCGCCCGUGCCGCUCAUGUUCUUCGAAAUGAUCUCCGUGCCGGCACUGCCAAACCCGACUUGCAACAGCCGUCCAAUUUUCGCAAUCGUUUUCUCAAGCAUGCGCGUUUCGUACUCUUGGUUCAAAUCUUCUUCAAUUUCGACGUUCGCGAGUGGGUUUUGGGCCAGCCGGUUCACCAACGCCAUCUAGACUCAGACUCAGACUACGGUCGCGUGUAUGUACGCACCAUGCGUUCGAUCGGGCCAAUCACAAGCUGGUCCGAGUCUUUGGUGAAAAAGUAGAUGCUCAUCCCAAACACAAAGAUGAUAAUGCAUGUCUUGCCCACGUUUGAAUGGGCGUCGGCAACGUUUUGGCUUUGAAUGUCAAACACAACCCCGGAAAAGCACGACGUGUCGAACACUGUGCCGUCGUUCGCGUAGCACGCGUAGAUGCUAGACGUUGUGUCCAGAUCCGUCUUGCGCAGCGUCGACAGGUCCAUGUUCAAGUACGACGCACUCCAUCCCGACGUCGGGUUGGCCGACAGCGCGUACGCAGACGUGGUAUCGACGGCGCCCGUGGACGUCAGCCCCUGGAACUGCAUCUGGUGCAUCCAUUCGUUGGUCAAGUUGGUGGACACGCCAUACACGACCACGCUCAAGAUGAGCCCGUCGCAUUGCCGAAUGUAUUCCUAGGACAAGACUCUUACGAAGUCGGAGCUAGGAGGCGGUGGGUACCUGAAACGACGAUUGGAAUGCAGCCAUGGUGACGCUGCCGGUGGCGUUGUAGUCUUGAGCAAGGCGGUGGAGGUAGAAGAACGCGUCGUACUGGUACUCGUCCACGCUGGAGAGGGACAUGUCGAUCACAGGCAAAAAGAUGAUCAUCGUGAGCACGAGCACAAUCAACCGCCGCGUCGUGAGUUCGGUGAGGAUGCGGCCGACCUUGGACGGCUCGUUCAGUUGCACGACCUUGGAGUCCUCCUUGCUGCGGAACAUGCGCGACACACGGAUGAGGCGGAUGAGGCGGAUCAGCUUGACCAUGCGCCCCGCCUUGGUGCCCGCGCGGCCGGCUUUCCCCGCCUGCAGCGACGUCGACGCCAACCCCUUGGUGUUGGUGUCUUCGGGGACGAUCAAGUUCAUGACCCACUCGACGUCGGAUAGAAUCGACAGCGUCGAAAUCAAAUCCAUCCAGAACGUAAACGACACGCCGCGGUUAAAGUACCCUGGCCGCGCGUACACGUUGGCGACCAUCUCGAGCGAAAACCCAACAAACACGAGCAGCAGCAGCACGUAAAACGCAGAGUCCGCUUCGGUGGUGAACCCGCCGAUGCGCAUGUCGUCUGCAAACAAAGCAAAGAUGGUCAUGACGCCCAGCGCAAUGUUGAGGCCCCGGCCAUCCAGCAGCGCCACGAUGCGCUCCCGCUGCGCCUGUGUCGGCGGCAGCUUUUGCACCUCCGGGCUCACCUUGUUGGCCACCUUGGCCGAUUUGGACGACGUCGGCGCCAGCAUCGUCGUCUUGACCACGGACUCGAACUCAAGCGUCGCUGUACUGGUUGGUGCCUUCCGAGAGUAACCACUACCCAACAAGC